AUGAGAGAGGUUAAAUUAAAGGUAGAUCUAGACGGAAUGACUAGGGCAUGCCGAUCUUUUAUUCACAUACCCGGCAUGAAAAAGGUUAUUGAACUCAAUGAUGAUGUGUGCUACUUGAGCAUACUAAGACACAUAUUUGAUGGGACUAUGACAAUAGAAAAUGUUCAGGACAGCGGGAGAGAAACAGACCAGUGCACCGAAAAAGAAAGAGAGUACAUUUUAAACACAAUUAAGAACAACAUUUACAAACACUUUGUGUACGAUGUAGACAGAGAAGGCCCUAUGCAUUGGUUAUACACAGUAAUAAAGUAUGGAGGGGACAGAUUGGCUGAAUUCAAGCCUAUUUGCAUAAUGAACGAAGUUAUUGCACCGCCAAACACGUUUAUAUACAACCCAGAGCACGGGAUUCGCAGAAAGCAUGGCAUGAAUGAAGCGGUUGACAAUAUAGAGCCAGAUCAUGAAAGCGCUGGCCUGGGCACCCGGGAGUACACACUGGAAAUUGACGACACAAAGUUCGAGAGCUUGAAGAGUCUGUUUUGGUUUACCGCAGGAAAUCUGGAAAGAGAGUUUCUCUAUUGUAGAUUUAAUUUCGAGCUUUUAUCGAAGAUAUCUAUUUUGAAGAAGUUCCUCGCUGACGAAACAUUCUACACGCUAGACGAGCUGUACACCAAAAAGCACGAAAGUGCUAAUGUAGCUCUGGUGGACUACGGGCUAAAUUUUAUUUUGGAGAAGGCCCUCGAAAUUAGAGACCUGCUCGAGGAAGCUGAAGAGGAAGAGUCGGCCUAUACUAUCAGUGUGCAGAUAAUCGAGAAAGUCAGCAAAGUGUUUACCGAGGAAGACUUAAAAAUAGCUAUUUCCAUCUUCAACAAUAUUGAAGACAUUUAUUUCGAGAGACAAAUGCACGACCAGAUGAUUAAAACACUUGAGUACAUGGCAAGUAAAAAUAUGCGUUUGGAAGAAAAGAACAGGAUGAAAACGCUGAUGAUAAAGCCUGACUUUAGCAACUUUUAUGAGAAGUACAUAAACAAAGAAGGCUUGAAAGCAGAAAUGAUGGAAGAAAGACGUGAGCUGUGCAGAGAAAGAAGCGCAACUUUUGACUCUCGAACUGAGGCAAAAAAAAUAAGAGAAAAGCUGCAGAAAAAGAAAAACAUAUUUACCCACAUUUCUCAGAGAUACAUUCAAACAGAAGAAGAAAAGAAGGCUUUGGAAAACAUAGAACAAAAAGUCAACUAUCUGGAUAAUAAACUACACCUACUAUACUGGCAGAUAGAAAGAGAACAUUUGCAGCACAAUAACAUUCGUAGUGAAUAUCCGCUUUCUAACUUGUCUGAAAUAAAGCCAGUCCAAAGACAGUACAUCUUCGAGAAGCUGCAGGAACUGGGGAAAGUAUACGGCAUAAACGUAGUAGCAGAUGGAGACGACAGGACAGACGAAAUACCUAAAAAGAGGAAGUUCACUUUGUCAGCUCUAGCAAGCCAAAAGAGCACAGUUGGAAAAAUACUAUCCGGUACUAUUGUCCUGGCAGCAGUGCCAACUCUAUUUUUCAUUCAUCAUUCGAAGAGUAAUCCAAUGACUGCUGGAAUUAAUGAUAGCUUGUACCACGUCGUGGACAGCAGCCAGCUAGGAAACAUAGGCAACCCGAGCAUAUCUUGA